CUCUCAAGGAGUUGGGUUCCACUUCCUGCCCCCGGAUCUCCUCCUUUGUCUCUUCCUGCCUGUCUGCUCCUGAAGGGCACACCUAAGGUGCAGGCAGAGAAGGGGUUAAACGUGGAUGUGCUCAGAGGAAAGGGAAACACCCUACACUGCUAGGCUCUGAGUCAGUUUCACCUGAAACUCUACAGGUGGUGGAGAGAAAAACAGAGAAGAGGCACACAGAGUAGCUACUCGAGCGGGGGAAAGGGAAGUGGGACCCAUGCAAUAGGAAGGGGGGGGGAAGUCAGACAAAGCUGUAGGAACCUGGGCUGGAGGACCCUAUCUCGGCUACUAAGCAGGCAGAGGACUGGGCUGUACUCAACAAAGAAGAACCCGGAGGCGUCACACCUGCACCUGGAACCUAGUGUCGGAGCAGAACAUCCGGGUCCGCCGCGCUUGGAAAGGAAGAUCAGAGCUUGGAGACGGAGAGAAAAGACCCGAGUUAAGAUGGCCAGCGACAGAGCCCUGCUCCAGGCUGGCCUCCUGAUCCAGCUGCUGAUGGUUGCUGUCCUGGGUCAGGAGGGAGGAGAGGAGGGAGCGUCCUUUGGCGAAACCUGCCUGGCCCAUUUCACUACAGGGAUGCCUGAGUUCGUGCUGGACACUGAUGCCUCGGUGCAGAAUGGGGCCACCUUCCUGCCCUCCCCCCCGGUUCAUCGGGGCAAGGAGUGUGUGCGGGCUUGCUGUAAGGAGCCUUCUUGCAACCUGGCCCUGGUGGAGCAGAAGCCACACGAGGGGGAAGACAGCAUCGAAGCCUGUUUCCUCCUGGACUGCCUCUACGAGCAAGCUUUUGUCUGCAAGUUUGCCAGGAAGGUGGGCUUUCUCAACUACGUCAAGAGGGACGUGUACGAUGCCUACGUGAAAGUGCGGGACCAAGGACAUGGUGAUGAUAAGCCUCCCAAAGCCCGUGCUGGGAUGGACAUGAAAGUGCAGCCUCAGGAGCCAGUGUUACUGAGAGGCACAGAGAGCUCAGAUGACCAUGGGAUUGUCAGUUAUGAUUGGAAACUUCUGCAUGGUGACACCUCUGCGGUGCUGGAGGAAGAGGAAAAUCAAGCCAAGAUCUCCAACCUGCAGGAGGGGCAGUAUGUCGUCCAGCUCACUGUCACAGACAGUGCUGGCCAGCAGGACUCCACCAACAUCACGAUCAUGGUCCUGACAGCUGAACAGACUGAAGAGUUCUGCUUGGCUCCUAGUAAGGUGGGUCGGUGCCGUGGGUCCUUUCCCCGCUGGUUCUACAAUCCAGCAUCUCAGCAAUGUGAGAAAUUCACCUUUGGGGGCUGCAAGGCCAACAAGAAUAACUACGUACGGGAGGAAGAGUGUAAACUUGCCUGCAAGAAUGUUCAAGGUUCUUUUGGAAGGCGGGCCAAGCCAGUGUGCAAUGGGAACUGUGAGUCCUUCCACUUCAAAUGCAGAGAUGGCUGCUGCGUUGAUAGUUUCCUGGAAUGCGAUGAAACUUCAGAUUGUGCAGAUGGAUCAGAUGAGGCGUAUUGUGAGCUGUAUGCAAUAGAGUUCAAUAAACUACGGAAAAUCAAUGUUACAACCACACAAGGUCACUGUGUAGAUUUACCAGACACUGGGAUGUGCCAAAAGAGCAUCCCCCGCUGGUACUACAACCCAUUCACCGAGAAAUGUGACCGCUUCACCUAUGGGGGCUGUGAAGGCAACCGAAAUAACUUUGAGGAAGAAGAAGAGUGUCUGAAAUCAUGUGCAGGCAUCACAAAGGCAGAUGUGAUUGGCCAGAGAUGGGGAGCAUAUGGGACCCAGCAAGCUGGCUUGAGUGCUUUCGAGGUGGCUAUUGCAGUGCUCCUUUGUAUCUGCAUAAUGGUAGUCCUGGUCAUCAUUGGCUACUUCUUCCUGAAGAAUAGAAAGAAGAACAGCCGGCGACGCCAACCUACCACUGCUACCAACUCAACCCUCUCCACCACAGAGGAUACUGAGCACCUGGUUUACAACAGUACAACCAAACCCAUCUGACCCCAAGCACUUCCCUCAGAUUGGGCACAGUUCCAUGUACUGUUUGUAUUAGAAACAAAGGCCUAUGCCUGAAGGACUCUUUGCUUCCUUUUCUGUUAGAAGAUAUUUGUAGCAUGGCAGUAGACACUAGCCAUGUCCCAAGUGCUCGUGGUUGCUCUUGAAGCUGAAGGUAUGGGGAAGGAUUUUAGUUCAUCUCUUGACUUUUUCCCCUUCUUCAUCUCGAGCAAUCCAGUCACAGCUCUGAAAUGGUUUUGUGCCUUCCACUCUAAGCAAGAGCGGCAGAAGGAUUUGCUGUACCUACUGAAGGGGCUGUGGUUUGACUUUUAUGUGGCAUUAAUUUUUCUGCAGGCCCACCAGAACCAGCUUUUUUUUUUUUUUUACCCUGUGACAUGUAAAACUGCCCACUCUAGGUCUAUCCAACCAUCUCCUCAUAUCCAUCCUGUCCCCAAACCACCUUCCCUAGGUGGUCCUGUCCCAAUGCCAAACUUGGGGGUCUCAGUGAGAAUUUGUCUGGGCUUGCAUGCUUCACGUGACUGGCUCAGUCAGUGCUGUGAACUAUGUGCCAGUCUUUCAAAUGACCUCUCUUCCUAUGACAGGAAAGACAGGAUUGUCUACAUUUUGAUUGCUGUUUGAGUUUUGAACAGAUAUUACAGAAAUGUGCAACUAAUAUCUCCCCAAACGAUCUGCAGUACGAGUUUUACAUGCGCCCUCCUUUGUCUUCCCCUUCUCAAGGCUUGCCAUGUGUCUGUUUUUCAGGAUGACAGUCUAGACUCUGAACACUCUUUGCAAAUGUGCAUAUUCUUACUUAAAGUGAAUGGAAGGCUGUGUCCCUAGUUUUCUAGCUAGUCUUAGGGGGAGAUGGAAAGAGUUGCCUUUCCACCCUGGCAGGUUCAGUCAGUACCCUUGCUUCACCUGUGCUGAACUAGCGCCACCUGUUGGUUGCUCAUGGUAAGUUCCGCCAUAGGGAAGUGGUCAGUCAGCACAGCAUGGGAACAAGGUAGUAUCCUGGCAAAAGGACCCUGAUUGGCUUUUUGGAGGAAGAGGACACACAUGGAGAAAUGAGCAGCUUCCCACCCAUGCUCCAAAGAUGGAUAGAGGUGAAGUUGAGGGAGGGAGAGAGGGUGAGCAAGCAUGCUGGUCCAUUGUCUCAUGUCCCAAACCACAGGGUGUACUAGUCCCAGCUCUGGUGAAACUGCUCAUGGGCCUCUGGAUUUGCCCAGGUGAUGGCCUGGCUCUGCAGUUGGGGACGGCUGUCUGGAGCAGCCCAAUGUGGUUAGCUUGUAACCUUUUUUUGUAAAUUUUCCUUUAUUUAAUAUUUUGAGGCUGACAAUCAUACGCAGUGCCAGAGUGCCCCUCUGCUGAUCAACAUACCUGAGAGAGCCCCAAUUCGGGCUGUGCAGAGGAAAGCAAACCGCCCUGGUUUUCUUAUUCAUGCCACUUUUUUCUCCCAUCCCUAUUCUGACUGGAACAAGAUGAGCCCAGCUGCUAUCAUUGAAGUCUAGCUACAUGAGGCUCUGAGAACUUGCCCAGACACUAGUCCCUGUACUCACUCACGUUCUUGUUGAGUAGCUGAGUACGAAGUCCCAACCCCAGGCAGAGACUAAGCCCUUUACUCUGCACUCCUGCUUCUCUCAGUGACCGUGAUGGGGCCUGUCACCCCAGCCAUGCACCUAAUAGUCCAGGCUACUGCUGCUUUUAGAACAGAACCCAACUUUCUCUAGUUGGGUGAGGAGUUGUCAUCUGUGAAAUGCUUCUGAAGCAUUGGGAUUGGAGCCUGUACUCCCCAUGUCUGCUGCUUUGGAAAUAUCCACUAUGAAGUGAUAACCUGGAUCAUUUUCUUUUAUGAAUUUUAAAAAUUUUAAAUGUACAGGAUUUUUAUUUUUAUUUUUUUUUAAUGUUUGGACACAAGCGUGUGGGACCCAUCCCUAGAGGGUUGUGGCUGUGGUGGGCUGGCACUGGUGGAUGUCCUGGGGAAGGUUAUGAAGCGAUUUAUAAUCUCUUCUCUAAUGGAGUGACGCUCGGACCCCUCGGGUGUGAGUUCAACAGGGCUGUCUCUCUCUUGGGAGGAUGAUGAGUGGGGAGAGAUGACUGCCCCCAAGCUGCUGGUGCUCUGAUUGCAGGCUUGAUACCCACAAUUGCCCCCUGAAGGGAUGGCAAAGGGCAUGCAGACGCCUGCCUGAGUACCUGCCCAUUGCCAGGCUCUCUUAUGUUUUUCUGGUCUGCCUUGUAUCACCUCUUCCACACCCAGCCUCCUGCGCUUUUCUACAACCCCCCAUGCCUGUGUAACUCUUGAUUUUGCUCCCUCUGUAAAUGCAGAUUUUAAUAAAAUGUUGUUCGUCUUUA